ACGUCAUUAACGAGCGAGCUAGAGCGGCGCUUGCUGGAGAGAAAACAGGAGCAGGGCAAAAGUCUUCGGACCACGUCUUUGACAUUUGAAUUUUUUAGGAUAAAUCCACGAUUUUAACACACGUUUUUUGGAGGGUCUACUGCUGUUCAAUCAGAAAAAGAACAAUUGGCACGGUACUGUGAAAUCUCAAGAAGUGAGUUUGAGGCUGAUCCGAAUGCCUGUGGUCCUCCACGCACCCCAGAGACAUAUGACGCGGCGGUUGCUGAUCUCCAGGCUGACAACAUCCAAGGCGUCAGAGGAAUAAAGUGGAAAUAUGGGUGACUCAGAGCGAACCUUCCUAGAUGUUGCCAUUAUGGAAGCCCUACCAGAACUUCCAGCGGUGAACAAAAACAUCCUGGAGGAGCACUUACAGUCCAUUGGAGUCGAGACCUCUGAGGAUCUACGCUUUGUAACAGAGGCAGAUUUAAUGACCGGACUAAGACCUGUGCAAGCCAGAAAGCUUAUUUCUAUUUGGAAACAGAAAUACCAAACUCCCGAGAACAGCUCAGGACAGCUAUCAUCUGUGGAAUCGCUGUCAUCGCUCUCUCUUUCACCCAGAAGUUCAACGUCAACCUCAUCCAGCAGCUCAGGACUCGACACACAGGGGGACGACAGCUUUGAAGUUCCAUGGGGGAAAAUGCCAGAGGAAGUGAUGGAUUCUCUGGAGAGGGGAAAAAGGCCAGGCCCAAGACUGAGGAGGCAAAUGAUCCGGAUUGUUGUGACUGAGAUGAUUGAAAAAAGCCCUCAUCGUCAACAUGUCAACCAGGGAAAAAGUAUCAAAUGCCUUAGAGAGGAGUGGCCAUUUUGGUUUGAUGAACUUGGCAUGUCGAUCCACUUCAAGGAACUCACUGGGAUUGACCUCAAAGAGACAUUCACACGGAAUUUGGAUUUGAAGGGAAAAAGGCUGCUCGACUACAUGACCACAGUUUGUGUCAACAAGAGCAAGAGGUUCCUUCAGAAUUAUGCAAGGCUUCAGAGGAUGCGGGGACCGCAGAGUGGCUGCUCAGAUGAUGUGAUCGAGAUGAUCCUGCUUCUGCUAAGCUACUUUGAUGAGAAGGAGGAGUCCAUGUUCUUCCAUGUAGAAGAUACAUGUCUGGUAGAAGAGGUCCAACUGGAGCAAGUACCUCUGACACCCACUAUUAUUGUCUGUGGACAGUCCUGCUAUUCCUCAACAAGGUACAUGCUGAGUCUGGAUCGGAACCUUAUCAACACAAACAUCUCCUCCUUCAUUUCUGCACUGUGCCUCAUGUUCGGGAGCUACUACUGUUUUAACAUCCAUUAUUCAUCUGAGCUGGCUUCAACCCUGGAGUUUCUUCAAAGGUGUUUUUUCUUGAUAAACCCAGAAAAAGGAACCAAAGUAGAGAACAAAAACUCCAAGCGUCAUCUCAACUUGAACCCUCGCGUCCUCACCCUGAUACAGGAACUCUCUGAUCACGAGUGGUGUGCCUAAAUAUGGACUCUUUCUGUGGACUCUGACUGUUUGUUUGAGAAGAGGUACUGUUGGUCUUUGCUAUGUUUAAAUCCAUGAUGUGUAUUAUGGUAAUUAAGGCACAAUAUGUAAGUUUUAUUUUAAAGUCUUCAAGGUGCACUAUGUAACUUCUGGUAGAGGGUCUGCCAUCUUCUUGUUUCAUGAAGAUCUUAUACUUUGCAGGAAUGUUCCAAAGUAUGCUGCUACUGGAAGAAACUGGAAUCCAUGCAUUUCCACUGAAUUAUUUUUGGAA